UGGCUGCAUGCAAUCCAACCACACGUCCCCUCCCCCACCUUUGUUGGGGUAUGCUAGGAAGCAAUCAUCCAUGAGGAGGGAGUAGUUUGUGCGGAAAGAAAGAAGAAGAAGAAGAAGAAGAUUGUGUUUUCUUUGAAGGCAAAAGAUUUUUACUUUAGCCAGCCCCUUGGGAAGUGUUAAUAUUGUGACGAAAUCCAUGGAAGGUUAAUGGCAACUAGUCCUCCUGUAGUUGAGGAAAAGAAUUUUGUGACGGAAACAACAAUUGCCCAAGUGCAAGAAAUAAUAUUGUUGAAAUAACUAGUCUGAUCAUUGAAAUUGGAAGACAAUGUCUACCUUCUUUGGUGUUCUUGUCUCUGAUCCAGCGCUGCAGAGCCAGUUCACCCAAGUGCAGCUUAGGACCCUCAAAACAAAGUUUACAUCUGCAAAGAGACCCAACGCAGAGCAUGUAACCAUAAAAGAUUUGCCCCCAGUGAUGGAAAAACUGAGGGGCAUCCAUGAGGUUCUGUCCGAAGAAGAGGUCAGCAAAUUUUUAAGCGAGACCUAUCCUGAUAUGAACCAACCUAUAGAAUUCGAGCCGUUCCUUAAGGAGUACUUAAAUCUUCAAGCUAAAGGGACCAGCAAAUCAGGAGGCAAAAAGAAACUGAAGGGAUCUGUGUCGUUUUUGAAAGCUUCCACCACUACUCUCUUGCAUGUCAUUAACGAGUCCGAGAAAACUUCCUAUGUGAACCACAUAAAUAAUUUUCUGAAAGAGGACCCUUUCCUUAAGACUUUCUUGCCAGUGGAUCCAGCAUCGAACGAGCUAUUCAACCUUGUUCGGGACGGUGUCCUACUUUGCAAGUUGAUCAAUGUUGCUGUUCCGGGCACAAUAGAUGAGAGAGCAAUCAAUACAAAAAAGGAUCUUAACCCAUGGGAGAGGAACGAGAACCAUACACUUUGUCUCAACUCUGCAAAGGCCAUUGGUUGCACUGUUGUUAACAUUGGAACACAAGAUUUGAUUGAAGCUAGACCUCAUCUAGUUCUUGGGCUGUUAUGCCAGAUCAUAAAGAUACAACUACUAGCUGAUCUGGACAUAAAGAAAACACCUCAAUUGGUAGAGUUGGUGGCUGAUGAUAAUGGCAAGGGAGCAGAGGAGCUGGUCACCUUAGCACCAGAUAAAAUGUUGCUUAAAUGGAUGAACUUCCAUCUCAAGAAAGCAGGGUAUAAAAAAACUGUGACAAAUUUCUCUACUGAUGUGAAGGAUGGUGAAGCGUAUGCUUACCUUCUCAGCACCCUUGCUCCAGAGCUUAGCUCAAAAACCAUGAUAGAAACUUCAGACCCAAAGGAGAGGGCGCAGAAAGUACUUGAAACCGCAGAAAAGCUCGAUUGUACAAGAUAUGUAACGUCUAAAGAUAUUGUUGAAGGUUCGGCCAAUCUUAACUUGGCAUUUGUUGCUCAAAUAUUCCAAAACAGAAAUGGUCUAUCAACCAACACUGUGGCUCCUGUUCAUCAAGAUACUCCUGAUGAUGUGGAGGCAUCCAGGGAAGAGAGAGCAUUUCGCCUAUGGAUCAACAGUCUUGGAAUUCCAACUUAUGUGAACCAUUUGUUUGAGGAUGUUAGAACUGGAUGGGUUAUGCUAGAGGUUCUUGACAAAAUUUCUCCUGGGUCAGUUAACUGGAAGCAUGCAUCUAAACCACCAAUUAUUAUGCCAUUUAGAAAGGUUGAAAACUGCAAUCAGGUUAUCAAAAUUGGGAAGGAGUUAAACUUUUCUUUGGUGAAUGUAGCAGGAAAUGACAUUGUGCAAGGAAAUAAGAAACUAAUUCUAGCUUUCCUGUGGCAACUCAUGAGGACUAGUAUCCUACAAUUGCUAAAAAACUUGAGAUCCCACUCUAAAGAGAAAGAGAUCACAGAUGCUGACAUUCUCAUUUGGGCUAAUAACAAGGUCAAGGAAUCAGGCAAAACUUCCCAUAUUGAAAGCUUCAAGGACAAAACAAUAGCAGAUGGGGUGUUUUUUCUUGAGCUCCUAAGUGCUGUGCAGAGUAGGGUUGUUGACUGGAACAUGGUGAAGAAGGGGGAGGAUGAGGACGAAAGGAAGCUGAAUGCAACAUACAUAAUCAGUGUUGCUAGGAAGCUCGGUUGCACUGUCUUCUUGCUGCCUGAAGACAUAAUGGAGGUGAACCCAAAGAUGAUCCUCACCCUUACUGCAAGCAUCAUGUACUGGAGCCUGCAGAAUCAAGGGCCUUACCAAUGUCCACGACCACAGGAUGCUCUUCCAGAGGAAGAGGAAGGCGAGGAGGAAGAGGAAGAAGAGGAAGAGGAGGAUUUCGAAGGAGGGGUCGAAGAUGGUGUCUCUGAAACGACCACUUGAUAAGAAUGUCAUGGCUGACUAAGCAUUCACGGUUAAGUUACUGGUUUAUCAAGGGCAUUUCUGAAAUGCUGAGGCAAAGAAAUCCAAGUGAGCUGCAAAGAAGAAAGUUUUGGGUAACAUAGCUGAUUUCAUUCUUUGCAUGCCAAAGACAACUAGCAGAAUUCAAGUUUGUUUAGUAGGUAACAGUGCGCACAAUUGCACAGCCUAAUCUUGUAAGCUAACUGUAUGCAACUGUGAGAAUAAUAGCCAAAUAUUUUGCUAGACUGAGAUAUCAAGAUCAAGACAUCUAGCUUAGAAGUAUUUUCAUCUUUCUGGGCCUUGGAUUUGGGCCUCGUGUGGCCUUCUCGUUGUGUGGGCUUGGCCUUCCUGCUUGCCUAAUUAAUGAGGGCUCCAUUAUUUGAGUUGACA